UUUCUUUUGGAAAAAUAUUUUUUAAAUCAUUUUAUUCACAAUUAAAGAGUAUUUUAUGACGGGAAAAAAUAAUUUUUAAUUGUAAUUUAAUGAUUUUUUUUAAUUGUCUAUCAUCUGAGUUUUCAGAUCUUUUUGGUACAUAACAUUGGCACACCAAGUCGACAAUUUUUGUUGGAAGCAGUAAGAGAAAAACUUUAAGGUGGUGAAAAUUCUCCGUGGAAGAAGUUCCACGAAUUCCUUUAGUUUUUGUCCCGGAACAAAUGGAAACUUUAGCAAAGAUCCUGGUCAUUGAACCCUUUUACGGUGGAUCCCACAAACAACUCCUGGACACAAUAUUCGAGGGUAUAAAUCCUGCGGAAUACAAUCUUUUCUCAUUGCCGGCAAAAAAGUGGCACUGGCGAGCACGAACGAGUGCCCUCUACUUCUCCCAGGUCAUUCCGCAGGAUCACGAAUACAGCAUCCUCUUUACAUGCUCUGUGCUGAAUUUGGCGGAACUCCUUGGUAUACGGCCGGAUUUGGUGAAAUGCAAGAAAAUCAUUUACUUCCAUGAAAAUCAAUUGGUCUACCCAAUUCGGGAGAUUAAGGAGCGAGACUGCCAAUACGGAUUGAAUCAGAUCAUGACAUGCUUAGCUGCUGAUGAAAUAAUAUUCAAUUCCUUCUUCAAUCGAACAUCAUUCCUGGAUAAUAUCAAUCCCAUUCUCAAUAUCCAGCCGGAUUUGAAGCUAAAAUUCAUUCGGGAAAAGAUUGAACCCAAGUGCGAGGUCAUUUACUUUCCUGUUAAAUUUCAUCGAAUGCCAAAGCAGCGAUCCCCACGAGAUGAUCGGGGAUUGCAUCUUAUCUGGCCACAUCGUUGGGAGCACGAUAAGAAUCCGCAAUUGCUCACGGAGACACUGCUGGAGCUGAAUAAGCGUCAGGUGAGUUUUAGAGCAUCAAUCCUGGGAGAGACUUUCCACACCAUUCCGGAUUGCUUUGAGGACAUUCAGGCAAAGCUGGGUGAUAAGCUCGUUCACUUUGGGUAUCUCGAUCGUGAGGAAUACUUCAAGGCUCUCCUCACGGGUGACAUUGUUAUCUCAACAGCUGGUCAUGAGUUCUACGGUGUCUCCAUGCUUGAGGCAACAUACUGCGGCUGCAUGCCAAUUGCUCCCAAUAAAUUAGUCUACCCAGAAAUUUAUCCAAAGGAGAAUCUCUACAAUACAUCAAAUCAACUAAUCAAAAUGCUCUACAACUGGUGCAAGAAUCCCGAACUCUUUCACAGGCAGAGGGAUAAAUUCUUUGAAAUAUUUUCAUUCGAUAAGUACUCCUCUGAGCAACUCAUACCAAAGUUUUAUGAAAAAUUCAAGCCUAUCAUCUCCACAUAGUCAGUGGGGGAUUACUAAUGCAGGUUUCUUACGCAGUGGAUCACUUUGAGGGGACCACCACUAGUUGGGAUUAACAUAAUCAGAAUCCAUGUGGAACUUUGUAAAUGUUUAUCCUUAUAUAAAAGUGAGGCAACAUCAACCAAAAAAUUUAAAAGAAUACAUUAAAUGAUAAUUAUUAUAAACUA